AUGUGUUUUUAAUUACACUUUCUUUACAUGUGAUGGAUAUAAAGACAUCCGAUGUCACUGUCAGUCUAGGAGAGGCGGAACUUACAAAGUAAAAGUUACGUUUCAGCCGGGACUCGAUCAGUGCUGUACUGUUUAUAUGCCACUUCAGGCGGAAGUAAUAGCAUGUUAACGAUGUACUCUCACGGUUCCGAAAGCUUAAUUAAGCAAGCAAGGGAGAUCCAGGAGUCGGAGCUGCAGAAGUUUUACAGCAGAUUAAUCAAAUUGCUCCAGGAGAAAGAACAUGGUCAUGAGACUAUUGAUUCCUUGCAAAGACUGCGCCUCAUCGUCUCUGCCACUAAGUACACUAGGACGUUGCCCCCUGAGCUUCAGAAGAGGCUAAGAUUACUCCUCUCUUCCCCUGUGGAGCAGCUCCAAGUGCUGAGCUCAGCUGUCCUCAGAGAGACCCUCCCCCUCACUGCUCAGAAGUAUGGCCAGGACGGCAACAGUCAACUGAAUAGUCACACAACUGCCCUGUUGCUCUCUCAGGCUGAAUCCCGAGAUGAUCUGUCAGCUCUCUGCACUCAGCUCCUCCGCAAUCUGGACAACCGAACCUCAGAAGGGCCGACUCACCUGCUCCUUCACACCCUGCCAGUUGUCAACACCAUCCUCACAUACAGCCCUGAGAGCCUCACUGAAGAUAACAUCAUCAUCCUUAGUAAAAAGCUCAUCGACUGGCUGCGCUAUGCGAGCACCACGCAAGGGGGCGGGGCAUCCUCUGGAGGAUUCUUUACAGGGUCCAGGUCCCGUCAGCCGCUGCCUACCGCAGAGCUGGAUGGGACGGUGUCGGGAGAUUUCUUCACAGUGCUGUGUGUCGGUCAAGGUUUCACUGAAGACCAGUGGAUGAACGUUUACUCCUUUUCCAUGCUACGACAUUGGCUCCUCACAUUCCACUUUGUGCCCGGCGGCACGGUAGCGGACACUGCCAACAGGUUACAGCUAAGUCUCUCCCUCUCUCACUCAUUUUCGAACGAUGACAGGUCGGAGAUAGACGGGUCUGUGGUUUCCAUGGUUUCCGUCACAUCGUCCACCGGCCGCCUGCUGCCUCCGAAGGAGCGCCUCAGAGAGAAGGCCUUCCAGUACUGCCAGCGCCUCAUUGAACAGAGUGAUCGCAAAGCGCAGAAGAAGACAGAUACAGAGCUACAGAAAGCCUGUCUGGUGGAAGCGGUGUGUAUCCUGGACUGCGUGUGCCUCGAGGAUGCAUCCUUUGUCUACCGGGUGUUCCCGUGCAUCAAGGCGCUUUUUGGUCGUCUCAGCUCAGACUUGACAUUCGCCAGAGUCCUGCUUCCUGUGGCACAGUUCUAUCUUAAUCAUGGUGAACUUGCUGCUGUAGAGUGUGACUGCGUAUGGAACCUAGUGUUUGGUCGUUUCCCCACUGAGCUCUUUAACGACCCUUUCCUGGCACACGAGCUUCUGCGCUUCUUGCGACUCAACCUCGAGAACGUGCAACUCCGAGUUCCCCAGUACACACGUUACUUCCCAAAUCUUCUCAAGUUCUUAGCGUGGGACAGCCCUGCAGUGAUUGAUGACUUUGUUGAUCUGCUGCCCUCUAUGGUGACAUCUGGUACUUCACUGGAACUGCUGCAUACUUUGUUGGACCUCCCGUGUCUUUCUGCUACCCUGCUCUUGCAACUCAGAUCAAUGUGCCUGCCCAUUUCUGAUUCGGGAGGGCGCAGCCUCGCAUCGAUGGAUGCAUUCCGAAAUCCAUCUUUCCGAGGGCUGUUCCUUUUCCUACUUCGAGGUGAAGCAGGCACAGGUGACACAAUUGACCGACUGAGCACGCUCCUUGAGCUGUUAUCGGAAGCUGUCGAUUGGCCAAGAGUUAUUCAGUGCGCCCAGACUGUCCCCAUUUUGCUGCACAUUUUCUUCAACACGGUCAUCACAGUUGCCGAUAGGACACUAUUAGGCCAAGUGCUUUUGGUGCUGCUGGAGAGAAGCAGCCUCCUCCUCAACAUCCCUAAAUACAUUGCAGAGAUCCACAGAGUGUUCAGCCGCCAGCUGACGAAACUGUGCAAACUCCACCCCUCUUUGGUCAUUGACCAAUCCCACGAGCUGCUGGAGUUCGCCGGAGCGACGUCCAAUGUUUACAGCAAACAAGAAAUCUACACACAUGUGGUGUUGGUGCUCGGGGAGUACCUUUCUGUGUCAUAUGAUUCUCGCUGCUCCGUGAGGCUCAUCACUUCAUGUUUCGAGACCUUGGAGGCAGUGCUGUUUGAAAUUACAUCAUCUGCCCCGCUCCCUGGAGUUGGCUGCCCUGCCCCCCGCGUCAUCACCACUCUCAUGAGCGCCCUCGCUAAGCUGGCGUCACGAUCACAUGACCUGAUACCCAGGGUGUCGCUGUUCCUCUCCAAGCUGAGAAACGUCUCCAGCGGAGGGACUGUUUCCUGGUGCGAUGAUGAAGAGGACCUUGUUUCCAUCGUAACUCUCGGGGAGGAGCUGUGCGCCCUUCUGAAGACGCCCGGUGUGGCUCAGAGUGUCCUGAACCCGCCGGCGCACGUCACCGCACCCCGGUGGCACCAAGACACCAACGUGGCCAUGCCGCUCCAACUGCGAGCGCUCACCAGACUCACACAGGCGCACGCGUCACAUGCUCAACACGCACCUACUUCGGCGUCACACCACACGAGCACGUAAACAAAGAAACAUCGGCGGCCAUCCAUUUUCUGUUCCAUUCCUACUGUUCAAGAUGAUGGGAGAGCUGGGGCCAAUCCCGAGGUCACCAGCCAGUCGCAGGGCACGACCGUUCACCAUCAUACCUUUGGACAAUUUAAAGUCUGUGGAUGAUAUGGAAUGCGGAAGCAACGGCGUUGUGAUCAUGGACAGAAAAUGCAAAUGCCACAUACAAAGUACCCAGCCAAAAUUCAAACCCAGAAUCUUUGCCUGAUGUGCUAAAUAAACGCACCGCUGUUCCGCCUCAGCAUUCGUGCGAACGUGGUUGAUUUUUGCACUUUUUGUAAAUACAUCGCUUAAUUGAUGGAGAACUGUGACGAUGAACCAAUGACAAAAGACGCUCAAGAAUCACUUGUAAUAUAUUAUCGCUUCUUUAUUUUUGUUUUUAUCGUGACAGAAAUAAAAAUUUACAAAAUA